ACUCUCACUAUUACUUUUGAGCAACUUGUUUGGAUCCAGUCGUCUGUUUACGGAUGUAGAGCGCCGAGGGGCGGACUUCUCCUGCCGGAGGCGGCGGAGAGAUGCCCCGGGCGGGAUGUGCUCGACCCGCAAAAUUCUGUGGAGCCUUCUCCUCCUGUCGGUGGUGGAGGUGGGCCUGGGCGUGGCGAGCAUCGUGCUCGGAGCCGUGGGCAUCAUCUGGGUUCGGGGGCAGCACAAGCCGCAGCAAGGCGACGCUUCGCCGGUGUGGAGCGGACUCUGUUUUCUGCUUUGCGGGAUGUGUGGAGUGUUGUGUGCUCGAAAGAGGACCGGCCUUACUAUGAUUUUGUUCUCAGCGUGCUGCAUCUGUGGUCUGAUCGGCGGCAUCCUCAACUUCCAGUUUGUCCGUGCGCUCAGUAAACGACCAGAUUCCAUGCAAUCCAUCCACCUGGCUGCCAUGACUCUGGCCUGUCUGGGGAUUUCGUCGUGUACAUUAUCCACGUGGCUCACCUGUCGUCUGGCGAGCUCUGAGCAGCAGAGGAUGUUCUUGGAGAGGGAGCACUCCCUGCACCAUUCGCACGAGAUGACUGUGAAGGUAGCAAAAUAUGGCUUCCGGAUGCAUAGCUUGCCUAUUGAUAUAAUGCGGGCCUGUGUUCAACAGGAUGUCCUGGACAACUCCAGUAACGGUAUCCCUCAGAUCUCCUACAACGGGCACAGCAGUGCAUCACCAUGACGACAAGUUUAAUCAUUUGCUGUCAACAGCUAUAUAAAGCAUGGCUGUACUGCAGGCUGAAAAUGUCAUAACAUAUAACAAUAUCAAUCACAGGAGGUGCACAGAUACUGAUGUGAUUUUGUUUUUGUAAGUAUGAAUGGAGUUCAUCUGACCAAACCAAAGAGAAGGAUGAAUUGACAUUUUAGUAUCAAAUAUUUAAGUGACAUUAUCAAACCUUUAACUUAAUGAACAGAAUGGAUGGAGAUCUUUUGUUCUUAUAGUCCCUCAAAGGCAGUUAUUUCAGCCUUCAUCUCAAUGCGGGUUUACGGAGGCCAAUUGUGAGUGAGUAAAAUGUAAAAUGUUUCCAAUUUUAGAAUGCUAAAUGAAAAUACAGUAAGGCACACAAUACUGCUUGUACACUGGCCAAACCAUUAGUUACACCUGUCCAAUCUCAUGCUUAAUUGAACAACAUAGUUAUAAUUCUGACAGUAACUUGUGUAAAACUGUGCAUCAUUCUAAUAUGUUUUUUUUCCAAAUCAUCUCAAAUCAGAAUAUAAUGAGAACCAAUUUAUUUCAGUACUUCAAUUAAAAAGUGAAACUAAAAGAUUUAGACUCAAUACACAGUGAAAUAUUUCAUUAUAUAUAUAAAUUAGAUACAAAUUGGCCUUCUGAAAAGUAAUUUCCUGUUUGAGUCUAUAUAUGAUUUUCAACAUUUUAUUUGAGUUACUGAAAUAAAUGAACUUUUUUACUCUAUUUUAUUUGACUUAUAUGAUGCACCGGUAGCUAUUAUAACAAUCUCACAACAAAAUGAUAAUAUUAUUCUUAAUUAAAAACAUGUCUGGUAGUGUAAACAAGGACCUAUUAUCCCUUUGGGAAAAAUAUUGAUAGCUAUAUUUGAUAGCUAGAGUAUUGGAUCUAGAUAAGCUGUAUGGUCUAUAUCAGAAAUAAAGACAAUAGGUCAAACAUAUUUUUUUAUAAAUGCUUCUUAUCAAGUAAGUCAAUAA